CCUGCGUCAUCAAUGGAGCCCCGGAUUCCCCACAACAUCACCGUUGUCCCCAACUCCGUGAUGGUCCAGCCCUUGCUGGACAGCCGCAUCCCCUACGGGCGGCUGCAGCACCCGCUCACCAUCCUGCCCAUCGACCAAAUGAAGACCACUCACAUAGAGAACGACUACACCGACAACCCCACCGCCUCCCAGCUGGCAGCCCAGAAGCGUCCCCGAGGCCCCCAGGAAGCGGUGGUGACCAACCAGCACCCGCAGCGCUGCGAGCAGGAUGUCACCCACCCCUGGAUUUCCUUCAGCGGGCGCCCCAGCUCCAUCAGCAGCAGCAGCAGCACAUCCUCAGACCAAAGGCUCUUGGACCACAUGGCCCCGGCGCCGGUGGCGGAGCAGUCCUCCCCCAGGGCGGUCCGCAUCCAGCCCAAGGUGAUCAACUGCAAACCCCUGGACCUGAAGGGAGCCGUGUCUCAGGAACUGGACAAGCACUUUCUGCUGUGCGAAGCCUGCGGGAAAUGCAAGUGCAAGGAGUGCGCGCUGCCCCGGACUCUGCCGUCCUGCUGGGUGUGCAACCAAGAGUGCCUCUGCUCGGCGCAGAACCUGGUCAACUACUCCACCUGCAUGUGUCUCGUCAAGGGCGUCUUCUACCACUGCACCAACGAGGACGACGAGGGCACGUGUGCCGACCACCCCUGCUCCUGCUCCCACUCAAACUGCUGCGCCCGCUGGUCCUUCAUGGGCGCCCUCUCGCUGGUGCUGCCCUGCUUGCUGUGCUACCUGCCCGCCACCGGCUGCGUCAAGCUGGCCCAGAGAUGCUACGACCGCCUCAGCCGGCCUGGCUGCCGCUGCAAAAACACCAACAGCGUCAUUUGCAAGGCGCUGCCGGAGAGCAAAGGCAGCAGGGCAGAAAAGCCCUUUUGAUAGUUCGGGAGGGCGGGAGGACGCUCUGCAGAGGACGGGGGUGGCAUUGGCUCUUUUUAAUAACCUGUGUUCUGAGGAUAACGUUGGCCUUUUGCCUUCGGAGCGAGCAGAAACAACUGUUGCCCCAAAUUGAAGCACUUUGGGUUAUUCAGGGUUUUGGAACUGGUCAG